CCCAGCCCCGCCCCCUUCCUCCUCAGGCGGCGGCGGCGGCAGCGCUCGGGAACGCGACCGUGGCCGUUUGUCCUGUGCGGGGCUCCGUCCCUCAAGGCCGGGAACGCCUCGGUGUGGAGGGGAGGGAGCGGCCGGAGCGACGCGGAGCCGGCGGCAGCGAGAGGGGCACCGAAUGGCGGCGGCGGGAGCGGCGGCAGCGGCGGCCUACGCCAGCCUGAAGCUGCAUGUAACACCAGAGAAGUUUUAUGUGGAAGCCUGUGAUGAUGGAGCAGAUGAUGUGCUUGCUAUUGAUAGAGUCUCCACAGAAGUCACUCUUACAGUCAAGAAAGAUGUUCCCCCUUCAGCUGUUACAAGGCCUAUAUAUGGUAUUUUGGGAACAAUCCGAUUGGUAGCAGGCACAUACCUUAUUGUAAUAACAAAAAAGAAAAAAGUAGGUGAGAUUUUCAGCCAUGCAAUCUGGAAAGCAACAGACUUUGACAUCCUCUCCUACAAAAAGACCAUGCUGCACUUAACUGAUAUUCAGUUGCAGGACAAUAAAGUAUUCUUAUCAAUGCUCAAUCAUGUCUUGAGCGUGGAUGGAUUUUACUUCUCAACAACAUACGACCUAACGCACACGCUCCAACGGUUAGCCAACACGAGCCCAGAGUUCCAGGAAAUGAGCCUCCUAGAGAGGGCAGAUCCACGGUUUGUGUGGAAUGGGCAUCUUCUUAGAGAAUUUGCUGCUCAACCAGAGAUCCAUAGGUUUGCUACACCAGUGAUGCACGGAUUUAUCACUAUGCACUCUUGUUCUAUUAAUGGCAAGUGUUUUGACUGGCUGCUGAUUUCCAGAAGAAGCUGUUUCAGGGCUGGCGUGCGCUACUAUGUAAGAGGUAUUGAUUCAGAAGGGCACGCUGCUAACUUCGUUGAAACAGAACAAAUUGUGCAUUACAAGGGCAGCAAGGCAUCGUUUGUUCAGACCCGUGGAUCAAUUCCUUUUUUCUGGUCUCAAAGACCAAACCUCAAGUAUAAACCAAAGCCACAGAUCAGCAAGUCAGUAAAUCAUAUGGAUGGCUUCCAAAGACAUUUUGACUCACAAAUAAUUAGCUAUGGAAAGCAAAUGAUUGUCAACUUGGUUAACCAAAAAGGUUCAGAAAAGCCUCUUGAGCAAACAUUUGCCAAAAUGGUAGCCAACAUGGCAAAUGGAAUGGUCAGAUACGUAGCAUUUGACUUCCAUAAAGAGUGCAGUCGGAUGAGAUGGGAUCGACUUCAAAUUUUGAUGGAUCAACUAGCAGAACAGCAAGAUGAGUUUAGUUAUUUUCUAGUCGAUUCCGAUGGUAAAAUUGUGACUCAGCAGGAAGGAAUAUUCCGCAGUAACUGCAUGGACUGCCUUGAUCGGACUAAUGUGAUUCAGAGCUUGUUGGCACGCCGAUCCCUUCAAGCCCAGCUUCAGAGGCUUGGUAUUCUGCAUGUUGGACAGAGAAUUGAAGAGCAGGCAGACUUUGAGAAAAUCUACAAAAAUGCAUGGGCUGACAAUGCUAAUGCUUGUGCCAAACAAUAUGCUGGAACUGGUGCCUUAAAGACAGACUACACAAGAACUGGUAAGAGAACUCAGUGGGGCUUAAUAAUGGAUGGAUGGAACUCAUUAAUACGUUACUACAAGAACAACUUCUCUGAUGGAUUUAGACAGGAUGCAAUUGAUCUUUUUCUUGGGAAUUAUUCAGUGGAUGAAGUAGAACCUGCUAGUCCUCUGCAUGUCCAGAAAGAUUGGAAGUUCUUAGCUUUGCCUAUUAUUAUGGUGGUUGCUUUCUCCAUGUGCAUUAUUUGUUUGCUAAUGGCUGGUGAUACAUGGACUGAGACAAUGGCCUAUGUGUUUUUCUGGGGAAGUGCAAGCUCUGGAACUUUUGCUAUCAUCCUUUACAACGGCAAGGAUUUUGUAGAUGCACCCAAGCUGGUCCAGAAAGAGAAGAUGGACUGAAUUUGUGUGUGUGGAAAGCGGCUUGGUAGUGAGGAUUCCUCGAGCCACACUUGGAGUCUCUACUGACCUGCUUUCCACACCGAAUAGUGAUCUUUUUAGCAUUGGCAGUGUUGGGGGGCAGGGGGAGAAAAUAGUAUCCUCUGCUGGUGGUAGCAGCUUUCAACUGAGACUUGACUCAACAGUCUUUAAUUGCAAUGGUCUUUGGAAUAUUGUAGUAGUGGAGUGGGCUCCACUCUUGCUGAGGCAGUGCAGAAAUGGAAAUCAGCUUUUUGGUGUCUGGAAUGUUUCAGGGCGUAAGGGACUGCUUAAGCUCAUAGUCUGCCUGGGCUGUUUCAGCUGAAUACUUGGUCUCCGGCUUGACAGGUGAGAGCUCUGGUGCUGUUUGUGUGUCAGAAUACCCGGAUGUUGAAGCAUUAAUAAUGGAGCUUCUAGACUCUGAACAAAUACAGCUUCACACCAAUAAAAUGUCUUGUUCCAAGACUUACACUGGAUUACAUUUGUUGUGAUAGAAGUCCACGUUAAGGAGUCCUUCGUGCAUAUUUGUGUGUGGAUUCUUUUCACUAAAUAGAAAAGAUAUUUUGAAUCCUAGUGCUCUCCUAAAAUGAGCUUUUGUCCUGUCUUGUUAAUCUAGGACUGAUGCAAUAUUCUACUUAUCAUUGUUGGGUGAAAGGGCAGUGUAAUUGGAUGUUCCUGAAGUUGCAAAUGUCUUGCACUGUUUCAAUACUACAGUCUCCAGAUGAUUCCUUAGUUAGCGAGUGAAAAUAUAGAAUUUUUCUUUCUAAAGAUGUAAAUGAAAUCAAAGAAUGUAAAAAUCCUUUGCAGUGUUUCUUGAACCUUCCUUAUGCUAAAGGUCCAAAGUAUUCCAUUACUUUAAGAAUGGGUCGCAACGUGAAAGGUGAACUUCAUAUUGUUUUGCUUGUCAGCUGCUUCUAUUCUUGGUUACGUUGAAAUUUAUGAAAGAAGGAAGAACAACCCGAGGAGGAAGUGUUUAGUCUAAACUCUGUGUUUGCACUUGGGAGCAGCCGCUUGCUUUUCAUGCAUGAUAUUGUAACAUACUCUUUAAAAGACAAAAAAAAAAGGAGAAAAAAAAAAAGCUACAGGAUAAUUUGUGCUGGUUAAUAAUAAAUGUGUGUCUUUAAACUUAGUGCUUCCAAGCUGUAUAAAAAAAAAAAAAUAAUCCUAAUUGAGGACCAAUUUUAAACUAUUUUGUCACUUAUUUUAUAUGGUUUGUUCAAAACCAGCCAUGGAACUUGCUUAAGGCGCUGUGCUUUGUUUAAUAGUUCCUGUAAGUACAGCUGUAUAUUCAAAUUGUGAAGUAUAACAUUUAAAAUGGGGGCAAAGGAGGAAUAUGUAGAAUACUGGGACGAGCACAGUUGAGGCUAGAACACAAAACACUGGACUCUGGGUGUUUCCUUGAGUUACAACUGAAAAUAUGUACAGAUUUUUGCAACUGUUAACUGUUCAUUUUAACCUUGAAUGUUUCUGGCGGCCUCUCCGGGGUUUGUGUAAACAUAACCUGUUCAUAAGCACUAGUACUUGCAAGGUGUCUGUUUGCUUCUAGAUGCUGUAACAGAAAUACCAGUUGGCAGUUAACUGGAAAACCCUCUAACUUAAAGUUUUCAAAGGUGAGCUCCAUUACGGGCUGGAAGUACAAGAACACCACAGACUCUGUACUUGAAAGUCACAGUUUUGAUGGCUCUCUGGCACGUGGCAUUUGAAACUCGGCACGGUUGUCUUGCAGUCUAGAACUAAAUCCUUGCAUCUUUAGUGAAGAAUUUGUUGCAGCAAUGACCAAACUUGAAUCUUUAAUAUAAAAGGUUUGUAAGAUGUAGAAUAACGUAGGUUUCAGAAGGUGGAAGGCACCUGCAUUUCAGUACUUUGCAAAGAGUCUGUAUUUCUAAAAUCACAAACGGUGUUCUCAUAAAUGACAAUAAAAUGUUCAACUUUUCUAGAUA